AUGAAGGCGUGGCUGUCGGCGUUGGUGCUGCUGGGUCUGUCUCUUUGGACGUCCCAGGCUUUGGAGGUCCAAAUAGACAACACGGAGGAGAACAGGCAAAAAUGCGCUGGCAUGUACAGCAAGUCAGAUUGGGGCGGUCCUGAAGACCCCGUUAUCCUUACCGUCUUCCCGAACGUAACUGUCGAAGGCGAUGACGACCCGAUCGUCAGUCUGGUGAUAUUCGAGUGGAAGGACGAAGACCUUAUCGGUGUUUACCCUGACCCGGAUGCAUAUCAAAAAGGGCUGAUCUGCGACCCCGAUAACGUGGCCAGUGGCCUUUGCGACGAGUCGAACCUUGGCGAAUGGAUCUUAGCAGCGAAUGCUACUGGGAAGUCAACAAACCUGAUCCUGACUCAAGCCAUGCACCUCAAGUCUUCGUUGCCGAUCAACUAUCCCAUCAAGAAGACCGGCUAUUACUGCGUCGCAGCUUUUGGCUACAAUACCGAUGAAUUCAUGGGCGUUGUUGAGUUCCGGGAGGCUUACGGCGAGCUCCCCGCGACCCAAAUUCCGAAGCUACCGUUCUACGGAGGAAUCACAAUCCUCUAUGCGGUAGUCGUGGUCUUCUGGGGUUUCCUUUACUACCAGCACAGAUACGACAUCUUGCCUGUGCAGAAUUACAUCACUGCAAUUCUCGUCUUCCUCGUAGUCGAGAUGUUGAUGACUUGGGGCUUCUACGACUAUCUAAACAGGAACGGAUCCAAUGUUGGAGCCAAGGUGCUCCUCGUUGUGGUGGCCGUCUUGAAUGCUUUCCGCAACUCAUUCUCGUUCUUUCUGCUACUUAUCGUGUGCAUGGGCUACGGUGUUGUGAAGCCGUCUCUAGGCAAGACAAUGGUAUAUGUGAGAUGGCUGGCUAUCGCCCACUUUGUGUUUGGUCUAGUCUACGCCAUCACAAGUCUCCUGAUCUCACCAGAUACUGCUGGACCAUUCGUUCUUCUCAUCGUGCUUCCAUUGGCAGGCACCUUGACUGCCUUCUACGUAUGGACGCUCAACUCGCUGAACUUCACACUCAAGGACCUACGCGAGCGUAAGCAGACCGUCAAAGAAGCCAUGUACAAGAAGCUGUGGUGGUGCAUUUUGACCAGCAUUCUUGUAAUCUUCGGCUUCUUCUUCUUCAACUCGUUCUCGUUUGCUUCAGCAUCCGACCCCGACUACGUCCCCUUCCACUGGAAGUCGAGGUGGUUUAUACUUGACGGUUGGUUGAACUUGGUUUAUUUCGCCGAUGUGGCUUGGGUCGCGUAUGUUUGGCGACCCACGGCCAACAACCGACGGUUCGCAAUGAGUGACGAGAUUGCUCAGGACGAGGAUGGUGGAUUCGAGUUUGCGGACGUGGGAGCGCCAGACGACUCAGACGAUGAUGAGGAGGCGAACAUCGGCAAAACAGACCCAAACCCGUACUUCGCGGCAGCAAACACGAGCCAUGCGGCUUCACAGGGCUCGCAGAACAGAGCGCCGGCGAAACUUGAGUCACCGCGGGAUUCGUUCGAUGGGGAGACAAUUUUCGCCGUCGGCGAGGACGGUGACAAAUUCAGCGAUGAUGAGGAAGACGGGCAUGGGGAGGGAUCAAAUCUUGUCGGAGCCAGGAAAUAA